UUGAACGUCAAACCUCACCUUGGCCCUAACCGUCCUCCCAGAAGAGAGGCCGUCCCCGGAGGACCAGGCUAGCCAGGGCCGAACCGCCAUUUGCACUGCUCCCUAAUAAGCAACACCUGUGCCAGUUGACUCAUGGACUUCCUGUGGCCAACCUCAGCCUUUACCGCUAACCAACGCGUGUUUGGAAGAAAAUUACACCUAAACGGCAAAUUAAAUGGCCUCUACAGAGGGAAGGAGAGAAAAAUAAAAAAAACGAAUGUCUUGUUCGCUACCAGGUGUUUUAUUUUUCAUGUUAAGGGCGGAAGUAGCGUCCCUUGUUGACGUUAGCUUGACAGCGGUGGUCCAGGCUUGGCAGGGACAGCUCUCUGAUGGGGGCAGUUAUAUCCUGACGACCGCCUGGCAGGAGUGACUAUCUCUCUCUGAACGCAAGCCCACCAUAAUGCAUGGGGGCAAGAGAGGACUGGUAGCGCCUCAGAACACCUUUCUGGAAAAUAUAGUCCGUCGUUCGAGUGAAACAAGUUUUCUGUUGGGAAAUGCACAGAUAGUGGAGUGGCCUGUUGUGUACAGCAAUGAUGGGUUCUGCAAGCUGUCUGGCUACCACAGAGCAGAAGUCAUGCACAAGAGCAGCACAUGCAUGUUCAUGUAUGGUGACCUGACUGAUAAGAAGACUAUAGACAAAAUCAGACAGACCUUUGAUAACUAUGAGUCCAAUUUCUUUGAGGUGCUGCUCUAUACAAAGAAUCGGACACCAAUAUGGCUUUAUAUGCAGGUAGCCCCGAUCAGAAAUGAAAAUGAUAAGGUGGUCCUUUUCCUCUGUACCUUCAGAGACAUCACACUUUUCAAGCAGCCAAUUGAAGAUGAAUCAUCGAGAGGAUGGACCAAGUUUGCCAGGCUGACACGAGCGUUAACCAACAAUCGCAACUUGGUGCAGCAGCUGGCACCACUAAGCAAGACGGAGGUCAGCCACAAACCCUCCAGACUGGCUGAGGUUCUCCAGCUGGGUUCUGAUAUUCUGCCUCAGUAUAAGCAAGAAGCUCCUAAGACCCCUCCCCACAUCAUCCUCCACUACUGCGCCUUUAAGACCACCUGGGACUGGGUCAUCCUCAUCCUCACCUUCUACACUGCCAUCAUGGUACCCUAUAACGUUUCCUUCAAGACCAAGCAGAACAAUUUGGCUUGGCUGGUGCUGGAUAGCGUCGUGGACGUCAUCUUCCUCAUCGACAUUGUGCUCAACUUCCACACCACCUUCGUUGGUCCUGCUGGAGAGGUCAUUUCAGACGCCAAGCUGAUUCGAAUGAAUUACCUCAAGACUUGGUUUGUCAUCGACCUGCUGUCCUGUCUGCCGUAUGACAUCAUCAAUGCCUUUGAAAAUGUAGAUGAGGAUGCCAUCACAGCUGCCUCUCCAGCAAAUCACCUGCGUGAAUCUUCAAAUUUGCACAGGAAUACCACGAGGACAGAAGACUCUGUUCUCCCAGGUCUCAGCAGUCUGUUCAGCUCACUGAAGGUGAUCCGGUUGCUCCGGUUGGGCCGAGUAGCCCGGAAGCUGGACCACUACCUGGAAUACGGAGCAGCCGUCCUGGUCCUGUUGGUGUGCGUCUUUGGCCUUGUAGCGCACUGGCUGGCCUGCAUCUGGUACAGCAUUGGAGACUACGAGGUCAUCGACGAGACCACCAACACCAUUAAGACAGACAGCUGGCUGUACCAGCUGGCCCUCAGUAUCGGCACACCUUAUCGUUACAAUGCGAGCGGUACAGGCCAGUGGGAAGGAGGCCCCAAUAAAGACACUCUCUACAUCUCCUCCCUCUACUUCACCAUGACCAGUCUCACCACUAUUGGGUUUGGAAACAUCGCUCCGACCACAGAUGGUGAGAAGAUUUUCUCCGUGGCCAUGAUGAUGGUGGGCUCUCUACUUUAUGCUACCAUCUUUGGGAAUGUGACCACCAUCUUCCAGCAGAUGUACACCAACACUAACCGCUACCAUGAGAUGCUCAACAAUGUGCGUGACUUCCUAAAGCUUUACCAGGUACCCAAAGGCCUGAGUGAGAGGGUGAUGGACUUCAUCGUCUCCACCUGGGCGAUGUCUAAGGGCAUCGACACAGAUAAGGUUCUUUCAAUCUGUCCCAAAGACAUGCGAGCAGACAUCUGCGUCCACCUCAACAGACAAGUGUUCAAUGACCACCCAGCGUUUCGACUGGCCAGUGACGGCUGCCUGCGCUCUCUAGCCGUGGAGUUUCAGACUACACACUGCGCACCUGGAGACCUUAUAUUCCACAUAGGCGAGAGUGUGGACACCCUGUGCUUUGUGGUCUCUGGGUCACUAGAGGUCAUCCAGGAUGAUGAGGUUAUUGCCAUACUAGGUAAAGGCGAUGUGUUUGGAGACGUCUUCUGGAAAGAGUCCACACUGGCACGUGCCUGUGCCAAUGUCCGGGCUCUGACCUACUGCGAUCUGCAUGUCAUCAGAAGAGAUGCUCUGAUGAGAGUGCUGGAGUUUUACACAGCCUUCGCCAACUCAUUCUCCCGCAACCUCAUCCUCACCUGCAAUCUGCGCAAACGGAUAAUCUUCAGAAAGAUCGCUGAUGUGAAGCGGGAGCAGGAGCGCCAGAAGAACGAAGUGACUCUCUCCAUCCCUGAAGACCAUCCAGUCCGCAAGCUAUUCCAGAGGUUCAAGCAGCAGAGGGACUCUAACAUGCUGGGAGACACUCAGACUUAUCAAGAGCAGAACUGUCUGCAGGUGGAGCCUCAGCACUCAUGUCACACUGACCCCAACCUCUGCACCCAAAGUCAGCCCAACUCCUCUCAGCAGUACAAGAACACACCUUGCACAGGCAGCGUCCCAGGUGUGGCUGCUCCUCCACAAGGCUCACAAACAUUUCUCAACACUGAGAUCUCAGACCAAAGCCGUACGCAAGAGGCUGCAGAAGCGAGACCAAGGCCUUGUGCGGUGGAUCAAGCACACAAGGGGGUCAACAGUCCAAUCCAGCGCAUGGGGGCAGCUGGACAGGGAGCGGUAGGUGGUUUUGGCAGCAGCGGCCGAGGCUGGGCAAAGUUCAGGAACACCAUUUCAGUUGCACCAGCACCUCCUGCUGUUGAGCAAGAAAAGCAAACACAGAAAGAAGAGAACUGGGCUCAAGGGUCCCAGUCAUCAGAGCAAUUAUCUACUGACAGCAAAACCUUGGAUUCAGAAGAAGCUCAGGAAAUGGGGAGUGCAGGAGGUGGCAGCAGCACAGGGGAAGGAAAUGAGGAAAAGAGCGCCCUACACAAAACUGACUCCUGCGACAGUGGCAUUACCAAGAGCGAUCUGCGCAUCGACAGAGCCGGGGAUCCAAGAAGCCCCGUUGAGCGAAGCCCCCUGGAAAAGAGCCCGAUGGAGAGAAGCCCGUUUGAGCACAGCCCUGGGGUUGAAAAUGAAGGCUCAAUCAAACACUCCUUUGUGCAGCCCGGGGCUGAGAACACACUCCUUCAAACAACUCUCUGUGAAGCCAAGCUGGAGCUGAAGGGCGACAUUCAGAUACUGAGUGGCCGACUGUCAGUCCUCGAGUCUCAGGUGGGAGAGAUCCUCAGACUGCUGUCAGUCAGAAGAAGGCUGUCACUGCCACAGACUUCAACUCCAAAGCCAAAAGUCAAAAGUCAGGACUUCUUCACCUCCCAGAAGCCUGUCUCACCAGAAACAGAUGAUGGGCCAUUUUGAAUGAAAACAAAACAAAAACACUGAUGAUUAGGAAAAACAACUGGAAUCUGGUGUUUCUUGUAAAAUAUGUUUGGAAAAUGUAAAAUACUACUACCAAUAAUAAUUUCCAUUUCCAGCUGGAUUCUGGCCUGCCAAAGAAAUUGCUUGCAUUAUGCAAAUGACUGCAUGCAGAGAUAUUUUGUCAUGUUACCUCAGCACUACAACAACCCAGGGAUUUUUUAAUAGUUUUUGCCUUAAGAGGCACUUUCAUGGUCCUAUGCCUAUUGUAUGUGAGGCUACAUUAAGAAUAUAGGAAAGGCAGUACUGAAACAAUGAGAAACACCCACAAUUAUGUGUAGGAAAUAUGUAAUUUUUUACCAACAUCAUAAAAUGUGGCCACUUAUGCACGGUAAUAAAGGCUCCAGUAUGUUGAAACAUGUUAACAUGAUGGGACCAUCAAUAAAGUUACAGUAGAACUG